AUGACUUUCAUACUCACGCCAACACAAAUUGCCCAAUAUCACGAAGAGGGUUUCAUUUUCGUACCAGCAUCGGAACAUGGCCUCUUCAACCCUGAAAGUCUGCAGAGAUGGGCAAGAGAAGUCCAAUCGUGGCCAAAAGAGAAGGGAAAAUGGAUGCCAUAUGACGAGAUAAACGUCAGUGGAGAGAGACAGUUGAUGAGGACUGAGAAGUUUGUGGAUUAUCAUCCUGAAUUUGAUUCGUUUUUGAGGGGUAAAGCCUUGACUGGUGUUCUCAAUCAGCUUUCAGGAGCACCAAUGCUGCUGUUUAAAGAUAAGAUCAAUUAUAAGUCUGCUCGAGGCAACGGAUUUGCAGCUCAUCUCGACGCACCAGCUUAUGAUCACAUCGGCGAGAUUGAGCAUGUGACAGCCAAUCUCGCUGUGGAUACAGCUACUAUAGAGAACGGCUGUCUUGAAGUCGUGCCUAAAUCUCACAAGAUGGAUGUCACAUUCCUACGUGGUGGUCAAAUACAUCCAGAAUGGGAAGCAGCUCAUGAAUGGAUUGCCGUUCCAAUGCAACCCGGAGAUAUUCUCUUCUUUGGAUCACAUCUCGCACAUCGCUCUGGACCAAAUCGCACGGAAAAGCCGAGGUCAAUGAUUUAUGCGACUUAUGCUUCCGAGGCGGACGGAAAGGAUUUGAGGGAGAGGUAUUAUGAGCAUAGAAGAGCUACUUUCCCACCUGAUCAUGAGCGAGAACCUGGCAUGGUCAUGGACUGGCAGAGGUAUGGAUUUGCUGCUCCGUUUGCAGGAGCGAGGCCAGAUGUGACGGUUUGA